AUGUCAGCUUUUAAGACUUUAAUCAAAAUGCCAUAAAAUAAACUAGCAUCUAAAUGUAUAGCCUUAGAAGAAUUGUUAUAGCGUUAUUAUUAGUUUGAGGAAGUUCAUUAUGAUUUAUAAAGCAAAUACCAAAUUCUUUAAGAAAAAUUUGAGAAGCUCAGUCAACAGAAUUUAUAACUAAAACAAAGCAUUUCAAAUGAUAAAGACUCCAUUUCUCAAAAGAGUUACAAAAAACUGGAUUCAUAUCUUAAUUGCACUGAGAAAAUAGAAUUAUGCGCAAUUGAAGAUCUCGAAACAUAAAAACUCAUUGAAGAAUUGAAGUAAUAAAAUUAAAAAAUGAAGGAGGAAGUCUCCUAAAGCAAAAAAGAAUAUCAGAGAUUAUAAUCAAUGUUUGAAUAAACUUAGACUGAAUUAGUUAGAUCUGCAUCUUUAAAAACGGCUUCGGAUUCCAAAUAUAAUUCACUUAUUGAUGAUAAAAGUAAUGAUUCUGUUUAGUCAUAUAAAAAUGAAAUUGCCAGAUUAAAUAAAAUAGUAAUUUCCCUUGUUCAUAGUAGGUAACAUCUUUGA